CUGUGUGAAGGUGUAUAAUGACACAGAUCCCAGAUCCCCACUGGUCUGCCUCUCUGUACAACCUCCUGAACUGGCUGGAAUGAAAUAAGCCUUUCCCUGAGGGACAGAAUGCUCAAGACAACCAAGGAAUGCACUUGGAAAUCCUUUGCUGGUUAUAUCCAGUGAUCUAAAACAUGAUGGUUUUCAGGAAGGGUGAUCAUGUGUGGCUGGACACUCAAUCAAACAGUGAAUUUAAUGUCCCUAUUGGGGCAGUUGUGAAGGACUCUGACUCAGGACGGAUACUGCUGGAGGAUGAUGAAGGCAAGGAACACUGGAUCACAGCUCGGAACAUGCACAUGGUACACCUGAUGCACCCCUCCUCUGUCCAAGGGGUGGAAGACAUGAUCAACCUUGGGGAUCUCCAUGAAGCAGGCAUGGUACACAACCUCCUCAUCCGCCACCAGGAGCAAAAAAUCUAUACUUACACAGGAUCAAUCUUGGUAGCAGUGAAUCCAUACCAGCUGCUGCCCCUCUACACAGUUGAUCAGAUCAGACUGUACUGUAACAAGAGGAUUGGAGAGCUACCACCUCAUGUCUUCGCCAUCGCAGACAACUGUUACUUCAAUAUGAAGAGGAAUAAGAGAGACCAGUGCUGUGUAAUCAGUGGAGAAUCUGGAGCUGGGAAGACUGAAAACACAAAGUUAAUACUACAGUUUUUGGCAGCUGUCAGUGGCCAGCAUUCCUGGAUAGAGCAGCAAAUCCUAGAGGCCAACCCCAUUCUGGAAGCUUUUGGAAAUGCCAAGACAAUUCGAAAUGACAAUUCAAGCCGCUUUGGGAAAUACAUUGAUAUUCACUUCAACCAAAAUGGUGUGAUAGAAGGAGCCCGGAUAGAACAGUUUCUUCUGGAGAAGUCCCGGGUUUGCCGGCAGGCUCCAGAGGAGAGGAACUAUCAUAUCUUCUACUGCAUGCUAAUGGGGAUGAAUACAGAGCAGAAAAAGAUGCUGAAUCUGGGCACUGCUUCAGAGUACACUUAUCUCACUAUGGGCAACUGCAUGUCCUGUGAUGGCCGGAAUGAUGCGAAGGAUUAUGCCCACAUCCGCUCAGCUAUGAAGAUCCUCAUGUUCUCAGAUUCUGAGAACUGGGACAUCAGCAAGCUGCUGGCUGCCAUCCUGCACCUAGGGAAUGUAGAGUUUGAAGCGGCUGUGUAUGACAACUUGGACUGCUCUGAUGUGAUGGACUCACCACACUUUUCAGUCGCAAGCAAAUUGCUUGAGGUGGACUCCAGUGAACUUCAGAACAGCCUCACAAACCUCUCCAUCAUUGUUCGAGGAGAAAGUGUGUCCAGGCCUCUCAACAUAGUUCAAGCUGCAGAUGGGAGGGAUGCCUUUGUGAAGGGUAUAUAUGGACGGAUUUUCCUGUGGAUAGUGAACAAGAUCAACUCAGCCAUUUUCAACCCAACUUCUCAAAAGCCUAAAAACAGAUAUCAGUCCAUUGGGCUGUUGGACAUUUUUGGGUUUGAAAACUUCAGCAACAACAGCUUUGAGCAGCUCUGCAUUAACAUUGCCAAUGAGCACCUUCAGCAGUUCUUCGUGCACCAUGUCUUCAAGCUGGAGCAAGAGGAAUACCUUGCGGAGCACAUUGCCUGGAAUAACAUUGACUUCACUGAUAACCGCCAGGCUCUGGAAGUCAUCGCACUCAAGCCUAUGAAUAUCAUCUCCCUCAUUGAUGAAGAAAGCAAGUUCCCAAAGGGCACAGAGGCCACUAUGCUUGUGAAAAUCAAUUCCCUCCAUGGCAAAAGUAAAGUCUACAUCCCACCUAAGAGUGACCACGACACCAAGUUUGGAAUCAAUCAUUUUGCUGGGAUUGUCUUUUAUGAAUCAAAAGAUUUCCUGGAGAAAAAUCGGGAUACUCUGAGUGCUAAUGUAAUGCAAGUGGUUCAUUCCUCCAAAAACAAAUUCCUGAGAGAGAUUUUCCAGGUGGAAACAACCCCACCUAGUCUGGGACGUGGGACCAUCCGGCAUCUUGGAUCUGACCAUGCCUACAAGUCUUUAUCCCAAUGUGGCUUUCUGCUGUCCAGAACAUCUGGCCAUGGACAGGGCGCAGAUACCACCAAACGGCUCUCUACUCUGGGAGGACAGUUCAAGCAAUCCCUGGAAAAACUAAUGAAAAUCCUUGAGCAGUGCCAGCCAUACUUCAUCCGCUGCAUCAAGCCAAAUGACUACAAGAAACCACUGUUGUUUGACCGGGAGUUGUGUAUCAAACAGCUGCGAUAUUCAGGGAUGAUGGAAACCAUUCAAAUCAGGAAAUCUGGCUACCCGAUUCGCUACAGCUUUGAGGAAUUCUUUGAGAGAUACAGAGUUCUCUUGCCAUGGUCUGUUCGAGAACAGCUGAAGAAUGAUGCUCGACAGAGCUGUAUCCACAUCUCCGAAGCAGUGCUGGGCAAGGAUGAAAGCUGGCAAGCUGGAAAGACCAAGAUUUUCCUUAAAGAUCAUCAUGAUACAGUAUUGGAACUGCAACGCCAAAAUAUACUCACAGGCAAGGUUCUUCUUAUCCAGAAGGUGAUGAGAGGAUUGAAAGACAGGAAGCAUUUUCUGAAACAGAGGAAGUCUGCUGUAGCCAUACAGUCAGCCUGGAGAGGCUACUGCUGCCAGAAGGAUUUCAGAAUGGUUAUGCUGGGUUUUGGGCGCCUGCAGGCGCUGUGCCGGAGCCGGCAGCUUGCUAAACAGUAUGAAGCAACACGGGCUUAUAUCAUCAGGCUUCAAGCCAUGUGCCGUGGUUAUCUAAUGCGUCAAAAGAUAGCAGAGCAGAAGAAAGCUGUAUGUGUUAUACAGGCAUAUGCAAGGGGCAUGUUGACACGCCGAAUCUUCCAGAGGAUGACAAGGGAGGAACACCUGACUACUCUGGAGAGAGAGGAGGCAGAAGCAAGACAAAGGAGGAAUGUUCUUGCCAAUAAACCAACAAAUCAUGAUGUUCUGAGUGACCAAGAAAUGGUGGACAAAAUUUUUGGGUUUUUACCUUCUAUGAUUGGAGGCCAAGAAGGACAGGCUCCUCUGGGCUUUGAGGACUUGGAAACAAAGUCUAACAAGCUGAAUGAGGUGGACCUGGACAUGGUUCCCAUGAGCGUGGAGCUAGAAGAGGAAGCAGAUGGCUUGGAAGAGUACACCUUCCCAAAGUUUGCAGCUACUUAUUUCCAGGGGUCUUCUACACAUACACAUAUCCGGAGACAGCUGCGGCACCCGCUACUCUACCAUGAGGACAAGGACAAUGUCCUGGCUUCUCUAGUUGUGUGGGUUAUCAUCCUGAGGUUCAUGGGGGACCUGCCAGAGCCAGCAAUGUUUGCCAAGAAUGCCACCACCAACAGUGGCUCCAUGAUGACACAUAUAUAUGACACACUUGGCAGGAAAAACCAGGUCCAGUUCAGGAAUGACAGCCCAAAUAUGAGAGAAAGCGGAAAGUAUAACAAGAUUUCAAAGGGGAUCUCUUCCCUGAAGCUGAAACGGUCAUCCAAGUUGACAGGGAAGGUAACAGACCAGCUGAGAAGUGGAGAAGAGGCUUUCCAAGAGGACAGCUCGAUCUCCGAAAGACCUAUGUCCAACCUAGAAAAAGUGCACUUCAUUAUUGGCAAUGCAAUUCUGCGUCCUGAUAUCAGAGAUGAGAUUUAUUGCCAGAUUUGCAAACAACUCACUGAAAACAGCAACAGGAGCAGCUAUGCUCGAGGCUGGAUCCUUCUGUCACUUUGCCUUGGCUGCUUUCCUCCUUCAGACACAUUUGUGAAGUACCUGUUGAAUUUCAUCCACCAUGGCCCCACAGGCUAUGCACCAUAUUGUGCCGAACGUCUGAGACGUACCUACAUCAAUGGAGCACGGACUGAACCUCCGAGCUGGCUGGAACUUCAGGCAACAAAGCAGAAGAAACCCAUUAUGUUUAAUGUCACCCUGAUGAACGGCCAAAGCAUCACUGUCCCUGCAGACUCUGCUUCCACUGCCAAAGAGAUCUGUCAGUUCAUAGCAGAUAAAACCAAACUGAAGGAUGUGUUUGGUUUUUCACUGUACAUUGCUGUGUUUGAUAAGGUCUGGUCACUGGGUGGGGGACGAGAUCAUGUCCUGGACGCCAUCUCUCAGUGUGAACAGCUAGUGAAGGAGCGGGGCACACAUGAGCGCAAUGCACCCUGGCGGCUCUACUUCCGAAAGGAAAUCUUCACCCCCUGGCACAACUCCCAGGAGGAUCCUAUCAGCACUGAUCUCAUUUACCACCAAGUCAUUCGUGGCAUCCGGUUUGGAGAGUACCGUUGUGAGAAGGAGGAGGAUUUGGUGGAGAUAGGUGCAAAAUAUUGUUACAUCCAGUUUGGAGAUUCCAUCCACAAUGAACUUGUGCAGAAGGCGCUCCAUGAUUGUAUUCCAGUGAAACAGCUGAAGUCCAAGCCCCUGGAAAAGUGGGUGAGCCUUAUAACCUAUGCACAUGCAAAGGCCCCAUACACACAGGACCAUCUCUCCCGUCAGACUGUGAAGGAACAACUUGUAGAUUUUGCUCGCUUUCAGUGGCCUUUGCUUUUUUCACGAUUCUUUGAAGUCACUAAAUUUUCAGGACCCAGCUUGCCCAAGAACCACUUUAUUGUUGCCGUAAAUUGGAAAGGUAUCUGCUUCUUGGAUGAGUCAGAAAAGCGGCUCCUUGAGCUGACCUUCCCAGAGAUAACUGGCAUCCACACCAACAGGGCAGUGAAGUCAUUUGGACAGAGCUGCACUCUCAUCACACUUCGUGCCGAGGAGUUUGUCCUGACAUCUGUCAACAGUGUUGUCAUUGCUGAACUGGUGGUCAUGUUCCUGGAAGGACUGAAGAAGAGAUCACGGUUCGCUGUGGCAAUGCAUGAGAAAAAAUCUCAAGAAGACCCUGCCAUCCUGUCCUUCAAGAAGGGAGACUUGCUAAUCUUCACUGAAGACAAAAGGCUGGAUGCAAACUCUGGCUGGAUCUGUGCCCAGAAUGAAAGGACAAGCAAAACAGGGAAUGUAUUUUUGGAAGAGAUCUACAUCAUUCCUUCCCUCACAAAACCCUCUAGCCAAGUGCUGAGUUUGUUAAUGAUGUCUCCAGACCAGAGGAGGACAGCUUCACAGAACUCCUACAUGGAUGAACCUGAUGAAGAGGAUCUCGAAGUAAAGCCUUACACCCUGGAGGAGUUCUCCUAUGAACACUUCAGGACUCCUGAGAAGGAAUCAAUCAGCAAAACUGUUCUCCAGAAAUCCCGUGGGCGCAGUCAACUGUGGGCACACUCUAAGGAGCCCUUGAAACAGCCCUUGCUGAAGAGAGCAUGCACUGACCCUGAUCUUCGGGAUUUGGCCUGCCAGGCCUUCAUUGCCAUCAUGAAAUUCAUGGGAGACUAUCCCUCAAAACAGACACACUCCUCUGUGGAAGUCACUGACCAGAUAUUUGUAGCAGCUAUCCAGGAGGAGGUUCUGCGGGAUGAGAUCUACUGUCAGAUUAUGAAGCAACUGACUGAGAAUAGAAACAGGUACAGCAUGACCAAGGGCUGGCAGCUCCUUUGGCUCUGCACUGGCCUGUUCCCACCCAGCAAGUCACUGCUGAAACAUGCCCAGAAGUUCAUGGAGACACGUCAGAAAGAAAGACUGGCCCUGGAGUGCAGUCGGAGGAUUCAGACAGUGAUGAGGAGUGGCUCCAGGAAGUGGGCACCUCAUCCCGUGGAGGUUGAGGCCAUCUUACAGAACAACACUAAGAUCUCACACAAGAUUUGCUUCCCCAAUGAAACAGAACAGACAUUUGAUGUGGGAACAAACACCAAAAUCCGGACUCUGUGUCAGAAAAUUGCUUCCAAAUUGCAGCUGAGUUCCUGGGAAGGUUUCAGCCUCUUUGUGAAGAUUGCAGACAAGGUGAUCAGUCAGAAUGAAGCAGACUACUUCUUUGACUCACUAAGGCAGGUGACAGACUGGAACAGAAGGAACAAACCAGGGAAAGAUGGGGCUGUGUCUGUGGCUUAUGACGUGUACUUCAUGAGAAAGCUGUGGCUGAAUGUAACUCCUGGGAAGGACAUGAAGGCUGACUGCAUUUUUCAUUACCACCAGGAGUUGCCGAAGUACCUCCGAGGCUACCACAAGUGUUCCAAGGAUGAGGCUGUCCAGCUGGCAGGGCUCAUUUAUAAAGUGCGCUUCAACAAUGACCGCACACAGCUGGCAACUAUCCCCAAAAUCCUGAAGGAGCUGGUGCCAGACAACCUGCUCCGAGCUAUCUCACUAGAUGAGUGGAAGAAGAGCAUUAUUGCAGCAUAUAGUAAACAUGAAGGAAAAACUGUGGAUGAGGCCAAGAUUGCCUUCUUGAAAAUGAUACACCGGUGGCCAACGUUUGGAUCAGCCUUCUUUGAGGUGAAGCAAACCUCGGAGCCAAAUUUCCCAGAGAUUGUGCUGAUUGCAAUCAACAAGCAGGGAGUCUCACUGAUACAUCAGAAGACAAAGGAUAUUUUAACAGUCUACCCCUUCAAUAAAAUCUCCAAUUGGAGCAGUGGGAGUACAUACUUUCACAUGACAAUAGGGAACCUGGUACGAGGAAGCCGGAUCUUAUGUGAGACAUCUCUGGGUUACAAAAUGGAUGACCUGUUAACAUCCUAUGUACGCCUGCUCAUGAAUGCUGUAAACAAGCAAAAGACACUCUCAGCCUGAGAGC